GCCAAGAGCGUCCACGGUCCACAGUGUCUCGUUCGCUGGCUCUACCCAGAGUGACUGCUCCUCUUGGAUGGGGGAAGAUGUCAAGAUCCCGGUGAGAGGUUUUGGCCUUCCUUCCGUCUUACUGCAGGAGAAGAAAGCUCUUGUCAGUGCGGUGAGCGUGGCAGUGGAAGCCAUCUUGGCCCAGUUCAGCUCCUCUAGGACUGUGGUUCAGAAGGCUCUCUCGGGAGACAGCAGUGUCAACCCAACCCUCGGCCGUCUGGUGCUGCAGUGCCUCUGCCCGGCCUUGCACGGCCUUCUGUCGGAUGGCCUCAAGCCCCAUCAAUGUGAUGUGAUUGCAGGCAGGAGGCCAAACUCAGCCUGGGGAUUGGUCCAGGCCUCAACAAAGCCAGGCCCCAACACCCAGACCGUGUUCAACCUCCAGGUCAGAGUUGGAGAGCUUCCCCAGCUGAAACAGAGCAAACAGCGAUUCAACGCCUUCCUCUUCGGCCUGCUGAAUACCAAGCUUCUUGAUUUCUGGCUGUCUCACCUCCAGUCUUGCGAUGAUGUGCUGGAGACGUUCUACCAGCCCUCCUCCUUCAUGCGGCUGUCCUCCGUGGCGGGCCAGACGCUGUACGAAGAGCUGCUCCUGCUGCUGCAGCCGCUCAGCCUCCUGACCUUCAACCUCGACCUUCUCUUCCAGCAUCACCACUUGGAGCCGGCCAACCACAGCCCUCAGCUCUCCAGCCUGCCCGCUCAGGAUGCGGGGGGGCUUCAGGCUCUCCCCCCAGGGGCUCCUGUCCAAGGGGGACCGGGCCAGCAGCAGCUCCAGCAGCAGCAAUCAUCUUGA